AUGGUGUCACUGAGGCUGCAGAAGAGGCUAGCGGCCAGCAUCCUGAAAUGUGGAAAAGGAAAAGUCUGGCUUGACCCCGGCGAGACCGACGAUAUUUCCAUGGCAAACUCGAGAAUGUUUAUAAGAAUGCUCGUAAAAGAUGGAUUGAUAAUAAAAAGACCCGGAGUAAUCCAUUCAAGAUCAAGAGCUAGAGAUGUCAUGGAGGCAAAAAGGAAGGGUAGGCAUUCAGGUUAUGGAAAGAGGAAGGGAACAAGGGAAGCACGGCUACCUACAAAAGUACUAUGGAUGAGAAGGACAAGGACAUUACGGCAUCUUUUACAAAGAUACCGGGAUUGCAACAAAAUUGAUCGGCAUACGUAUCAUGAUAUGUACUUGAAGGUCAAAGGAAAUGAAUUCAAGAACAAACGCCUGCUUGUGGAGAACAUCCACAAGCUCAAGACCAAGACAUUAGCAGACAAUUUAAUAUCUCAUCAAAUAAAAGCCAGGAAGGAACAAAGAAGUACCAUUUCUGUAAGCCAAAAUAAAGGAAAUAGUAGUAUCUAA